AUGGCUGGUUAUAUUACAACGGCUCUGCUGGCUGGUUUUGUAACGACUACUGCCGCGCGUCAGUGUCAGAACCUCACCAUCCCCAUCGUCGCUUCGGCGCGCAACGGCGUCUUUGAUUUGGCGGCUCCGAAAACCAACAUCGAUGUUGUAAACUUUGUUCUGGACGCAACACAGCCGGGCCACAACAUAACCGCGGAGCUGCUGACAGGCUACGCCACUGUCUCGGGCAACUAUAGCAUCGCAGCAACUUACUGCCAGCCUGAUGACGGCCCAGGUACCACGCUUCAGGUGCUUACCCAUGGCGUUGGCUUUGACAGGUCAUACUGGGACUUUCCGACCAACAAUUACAACUACAGCUAUGUGAACCAGGCGUUGAAUCGAGGGUACUCUACAUUUGCGUACGACCGCCUUGGCAUUGGCGAGUCCUCGCAUGGCGACCCAAUCAAUGAGAUCCAGUCGUACCUUGAAAUCGCGGCGCUCCGGACCUUGACGACAAUGCUACGCGAAAGCGCAGUCCCGGGAAUCACGGCCAAUUUCUCAAAGAUUGCCCAUGUUGGCCACAGCUACGGCUCAGUCGAGACAUAUGGUCUUGUGGCUCUGGAUCCUACCAUCUCGGAUGGUAUCGUCCUGACUGGCUUCAGCAAGGACCCGAACUUCAUACCGGAAUUCUCGCUCGGCGCCAACGAAAUCCUAGCCAACACGUUUGCGAGACUGUCCAAUUACGUCGACGGCUACAUUGUUACGGCCACCGUCAGCGCUCUGCAGGCUGACUUCUUUUCUCCGCGGGAUUUUGACCCGGCAGUUCUCGAGGCUGCGUUCCAAACCGGUCAGCCCAACUCCAUUGGAGAAGUGCUGACCAUGAAUGGUGCCUAUGAUGCACCCAACCCUUACCAAGGGCCGGUCAUGGUAAUUACAGGUGAACGCGACGUCCCUUUCUGCGGUGGGAAUUGUAGCGCUACCGAGCCUUCUAUACCCGAGAUGGUCCAACAUUCCUUCCAAAACGCCACUUAUUUUGACGCCGUUAUUGUUACUGGUUCAGGUCACGGAUUAAAUUUGGAGUACACUUGGCCUACUACUUAUUCCAACAUCCUUGACUUUAUUGACAAGCAUGUUAAGUAG